AUAUGGCGGCUGAAUAACACUGUUAAUGACUAGGAGAAAGAAUUUCCCAAUAUUACCAGAUUUUCCAUAUCUAGAAACAAUAUUUUAAAAUUAUAGGCGAAUUAAUGUUCUUAUUGAAUAAAUACCUUCGACCAUGUCUCUCUCGGAUGAAAAUAUGAAGCACAUUGUAAAUUCACUAUCAGAAGAGGUUCUUACGGAUAAAUUAAAUUUUGAAUUUCUCAAAGCCGCUGAAAAUGAAGCAUCUAGACUCGAAUCAGGAUUGGCUGAUUUAAAAGAUUAUGUAAUAUCUGGCUUAAAACAAUCAGGUCAUGAACAAAAAUUAGCAAAUUUUGUUUUAAGAAGACUACCUCAUAUUAAACAAUUGCAUCAUCAUUUAACUCCUGAGGAACACAAAAAAGAGCCUAUUACAUACAUUCGAAAGAGUCAAUUGGCUUGGGAAAAAAGGAUAUGGAAGAGCCUAAAUAGCAUGUGCACAGAGCUUAGUUUACCAUUAGCCAGAAAGCGUCCUGAUAAAGAUUUUAAAGAUAUGAAUAGAAAAUGGUCCGAGUUAGGCAGUGAUGAGCCUAAUCUAUCGCAAAUCCGUCCUGUUUAUGCGCCUAAGGAUUUCUUAGAAGUUGUAUCAGGAGUAAAGAAUCCCAACUGCAAUGAUUUUCCCUUAUAUAACAAUUGGGGUUUAAUUCAAGCUACCUUAAAAGUAAAAUCAUUACACGAACUGCGGCUACAAUAUAGUCACAUGUCCAUAAACCAAGCUCAGAGUGGAGUGGACGAUUUAACCAGGACACCAACAGAUAUAUUCCAAGGAGAAAGAAAUAAACUUGCAAAAAAGGUGAUAAAAAGUUGCAUGGCUGGAGCAGUACAGGAAUUUCUCAAGAAAGGAUCUCCAACAGGAUGCAGAAAUCAAAUUUGGAAUAGCAUUUUAGGAAUCGAAAUUGGAGAUGAAGAGAAGUUGUAUUACGAUCAAUUGAAAAAUAGCGUAUUAGUACAUGACUUAUUAGUAGAUAAUUUAAUCUAUAAAGACAUUAAAUUAACAGCAACUAAUGACGACCAGUAUUUUGUGUUCGAGGAUUAUCUUUAUCAAGUACUUCUACCAUUUUUUCGAGAUUUAGUUAUCUUGGAAACGAUAAAAAAAAGUACAGCAACGCCGGCAAAAAGUUAUAUUAGAGGAAAAUUAGGUAAUGAAGAAUAUGCUGUAUUUUAUCCUCCAAAUGGAGUAAUUCCUUUCCAUGGAUUCUCUAUGUAUGUGGCACCGCUAUGCUAUUGCUAUGACGAUCCGAUAAUGCUUUACUACGUGUUUCGAGCAUUUUAUGCAAGAUUUUUUCAUCAUCUCCAUUGUGUAUCUUCUCACCAGCAAGGAAUACUUUCAUUGAGCCUAUUAUUCGAGCGUCUUCUCCAACAAAUUGAACCACAAUUAUUCUACCAUUUAUGCUCCAUUGGUGUUCAACCAUUAAAAAUAUCUUUCAAAUGGAUUAUAAGAGCCUUUUCUGGGUAUUUAUGUUCAGAACAAGUUUUACUGCUUUGGGACAGAAUUUUAGCUUAUGAUUCAUUAGAAAUUUUAGCAGUAUUGGCUGUUGCUAUUUUUUCUUUUAGAAAAACAAAUUUACUCCAGAUUCAAUCAUUUCAAGCAGCUGAAGCAGUUAUGAACGAUCUCACUGGACUGAAAGUAAUACCACUUUUGCAGCUUACACUAUUUAGUGAAUAA